AUGAAGAGGUUCUUCACAAGGGGUGUCUCAAAAUUUCACUCUCACUCGAAGCUUAAGAAAUCUCAGUCUCAGAUAAUGGCAGGAAACAUUUCUAAUCCAAGUGGGAGCAAUGCUGUUAAUAUUUUGCUGAAUCAUGACUUCUCUGAUGGCCUCAACUCUUGGCAUCCCAAUUCUUGCAAUGGCUAUGUAAUUUCAGCUAAAGUAGGCGAUCAUGCUGGAAUUUCGAUAGAGUCGGAUCGUAACUAUGCUGUUAUCACUGACCGGAAUGAAUGCUGGCAAGGUCUUGAGCAAAAUGUCACAGACAGAAUUUCGGUUGGUUCCACUUACACGGUUUUGGCUUUUGUUGGAGUGUCUGGCUCCGGCCUUUCUCAGGAAUCUGCUGAUGUAAAAGCUACACUGAAACUAGAAUAUCAUGGUUCAGCUACACAAUAUUUGUUCAUUGGAAGUACUUCUGUUAUAAAAGGUAGCUGGGAAAAGUUGGAAGGAACAUUUUCACUGUCUACUAAGCCCGACCGGGUUAUAUUUUAUUUGGAAGGACCUGCUCCUGGAGUUGACUUGCUUAUAAGAUCAGUACAGAUCAAUUGCUCCAAUCCAAAUUACAAUAGCUUAAGCACGGAAGGAUGUGUUUCUACUGGAGAUGAAAACAUCAUAAUAAAUCCUCAAUUUGAGGAUGGCCUGAAUAAUUGGUCUGGAAGAGGCUGCAAGAUUGUGUUGAAUGAUUCCAUGGCGGAUGGUAAAAUUGUUCCGAAGUCUGGGAAAUUGUUUGCAUGUGCAACAGAACGAACGCAGGCCUGGAAUGGAAUUCAGCAGGAGAUAACCGGACGUGUGCAGCGCAAACUGGCCUAUGAGAUCACUGCUUUGGUUCGGAUAUAUGGUAACAAUGUCACUAAUGCCGAUGUUCGAGCUACUUUGUGGGUUCAAACACCAGAUUACCGAGAGCAGUAUAUAGGCGUUGCAAAUGUGCAGGCAACAGAUACAGAUUGGGUGACACUGCAGGGAAAAUUUCUUCUAAAUGGUUCUCCAUCCAAAGUGGUCCUUUAUUUAGAGGGCCCUCCUUCUGGGACUGACAUUCUUGUUAAUACUUUGGUUGUAAAGCAUGCUGCUAAAACGCCUCCUUCCAUACCACCAAAUGCAAAGAAUGUUAUUUUUGGGCUUAAUAUAAUUGAGAACAGCAAUCUAUCUGAUGACACCAAAGGAUGGUUCCCCCUUGGUAGCUGCACUUUAAGUGUUAAAACCGGUUCUCCUCAUAUAGUUCCACCAAUGGCAAGAGAUUCUCUUGGACCUCACGAACUUUUAAGUGGUCGCUACAUACUUGUAACGAAUAGAACACAAACUUGGAAUGGUCCUGCCCAGGUGAUCACUGAUAAAGUGAAGCUAUUUUUGACUUACCAAGUAUCUGCUUGGGUCCGGAUUGGUUCUGGUUCAAGUGGACCGCAAAAUGUGAAUGUUGCCCUUGGUGCUGACAACGAGUGGAUCAAUGGAGGACAAACCGAGGUUUCAGAUAAGCAGUGGCAUGAAAUUGGUGGAUCCUUUAGAAUUGAAAAGCAACCAUCAAAGCUUAUGGUUUAUAUCCAAGGUCCUGCUUCUGGGGUAGACUUAAUGGUUGCUGGACUUCAAAUUUUCGCCGUCGAUAGACGAGCAAGGUUUAGAUAUUUAAAGAUGCAGACAGACAAGAUCCGGAAACGUGAUGUUGUCCUAAAAUUCUCUGGGCUAGACGCCAGCAGCUAUGUUAACACCACGGUGCAAGUUAGGCAAACACGAAAUGAUUUCCCGAUUGGAACAUGUAUCAGCAGAUCAAACAUAGACAAUGAAGAUUUUGUCAACUUCCUUGUGAAACACUUCAACUGGGCUGUGUUUGCAAAUGAGUUGAAGUGGUAUUGGACUGAGGCACAACAAGGGAAUUUAAAUUACAAAGAUGCUGAUGAUCUUUUAAGCUUGUGUCAAAAGUACAAUAUAGAAACUCGUGGACACUGCAUCUUCUGGGAAGUGGAACAAACCGUUCAACAAUGGAUUAGGUCGCUGAAUAAAAACGAUUUGAUGACGGCAGUUCAAAACCGUUUAACCAGUCUUUUAACUCGUUACAAGGGUAAGUUCAGUCACUAUGAUGUUAACAAUGAAAUGCUGCAUGGUUCAUUUUACCAAGAUAGAUUGGGUAAAGAUAUAAGGGCAAACAUGUUCAAAACUGCAAACCAACUCGAUUCAUCAGCUACAUUGUUUGUGAAUGAUUAUCAUAUUGAAGACGGAUGCGACACAAAAUCGUGUCCUGAUAAGUACAUCCAACACAUUCUUGAUUUGCAAGAACAAGGUGCACCCGUUGGCGGAAUUGGAAUUCAAGGUCAUAUUGAUAACCCGAUUGGGCCUAUCGUUUGCGCUUCACUCGAUAAAUUAGGUAUUCUUGGAUUGCCGAUAUGGUUUACUGAACUUGACGUGUCUUCUACAAAUGAAUUUGUGAGAGGUGAUGAUCUUGAAGUUAUGCUCAGAGAAGCUUUGGCUCACCCUGCUGUUGAAGGGAUAAUGUUGUGGGGAUUUUGGGAGUUGUUUAUGAGUAGAGACAAUGCACAUUUGGUGAAUGCAGAAGGUGAUAUUAAUGAAGCUGGUAAAAGGUUUCUAGCUUUGAAACAAGAGUGGCUAUCUCAUAGUCAUGGCCAUGUUGAUGAGCAAGGUCAAUUCAACUUUAGAGGGUUUUAUGGAACAUAUAAUGUGGAAAUUGUGACACCAUCAAAGAAAAUUUCUAAGACAUUUGUGCUUGAUAAAGGUGACAAUCCAAUGAUGGUAUCCAUUGAUUUAUAA